AUGAAAUGCAAUGGCGAAGAUUUGACUGAGCAAUUAGUUGUUGAAAAAGUUCUCCGUACCCUAACUCCGAAAUUCGACAUGAUUGUGGUUUCAAUCGAAGAGACAAAGGUUCUAAGCCACUUGAAAUUGGAAGUCUUGCAGGGUACACUUGAAGCUCGUGAGUUAAAAGUGACUGAAAGAUAUUCAGAACACGAAGCUGAACGUGUACUGUUGACUCAAGGCAAGAAGAUUUCAUUUGACGAUCGGAAGAAGAAAUGGAAGAAAGGAGAUAAAGUUUCAGAUGUGUGGUAUAUGGACACUAGGUGCUCGAAUCAUAUGACUGGGCAGAGAGAGUGGCUCAUUGAUUUUGAUGCUUCAAAGAAAACCACAGUUAAAUUGACUAACAACAGUAGCAUGUUGGCUGAAGGACUGGGAAAUAUUUCAUUGCAAAGAAAGGAUGGCAAGACUGCAUUCAUUGAAGAUGUGUUGGUUGUGCCAUAA